AUGUCACUCCUCUCCAUUUGCCUCUUUCUAACAACCGUCGUCGUUUCUGUACACAGCUUACCAUUUGCCGAACUCCCUGCGUUUAGAGAAGCACCAGCAUUUCGAAACGGCAGAGAAUGUCCCAAAACGACAUGGCCUGCAUCACUCAACAACCACCACGAUGCUUCCAUUAUUCACAUUGCAAUGACACUCGACGCUACCUACCUCCGCGGCUCCGUCGCAGGAGUCUUCUCCGUCCUCCAGCACGCCGCCUGUCCUGAAAACAUAGUCUUCCACUUCAUCGCCGCUCACCGCCGUGCCGACCUCCGCCGCACAAUCACCUCCACAUUUCCUUACCUGACCUUCCACCUCUACCACUUCAACACUGACCUAGUCAAGGGUAAAAUCUCCUCCUCCAUCCGCCGAGCUCUCGAUCAACCGUUGAAUUACGCGCGUAUUUACCUCGCCGAUCUUGUACCAUUCACCGUGCGGAGAAUCAUUUACUUCGAUUCUGAUUUAAUCGUGGUGGAUGACGUGGCAAAAUUAUGGAACAUUAAUUUAGGUGCACACGUACUCGGUGCACCGGAAUAUUGCCACGCGAAUUUUACGAAUUAUUUUAAUUCUCGAUUUUGGUCCAAUUCAGCAUAUGCGGCGUCGUUGAGAGGGAGGAGAGCGUGCUAUUUUAACACGGGGGUGAUGGUGAUAGAUUUGGGGAAAUGGAGAGAAGGGAAAUACACGGGAAAAUUAGAGUACUGGAUGAGAGUACAGAAGAAGUAUAGGAUUUACGAGUUGGGUUCGUUGCCUCCUUUUCUGCUUGUUUUUGCUGGCGAUGUGGAGGGUGUUGAGCAUAGAUGGAAUCAACAUGGGCUAGGUGGUGAUAAUCUAGAAGGGUUGUGUAGGAAUUUGCAUCCUGGUCCGGUUAGUUUGUUACAUUGGAGUGGGAAGGGCAAGCCUUGGCUUAGGUUGGACACUAAAAGACCGUGUCCGUUGGAUUCUUUGUGGGCCCCUUAUGAUCUUUAUCGCCAUUCAACAUUGUUUUGUGAUAGCUAG